AUGGCUGAAAAUGAGCAGAUUUCGAUGCCGACAAUGAUUGUUGUGCUACAAAUUGGAGUGAUUUUGUUGUUGGUGUCGGCUGCUUUGAUUGUGUGGCGAAAGCAUUCGAGAAGUCAACCUGUGAGGCCUGAAACUGAGCCUGGUCCAGAAAGUGGGCCAGAUCGGGAGCCCGAUGAAAAUGAGCAAUUGAGAAGAGCGAUUGCCGAAUCGAUUGAGGUUGAAAAAGAGCGGCAAAUGAUUGAAAAUGCGUUGAAAAAUGAGGAGAAUGAGAAUGAAGUUGUUGUGAUUUCUAGGCAUUGAUUGAUAUUUUUUGAGCUGAAAAUUUGACUGGAAAUGUGGUCUGAAAUUGUUUUUGAAAUUGAAAAAUCUGAAAAUUGCUGAAAAUCUAAUUUUUCCAACAUUUUUUGCAAAAAAAUUUGAAAUUUCCAGAUCAGGAAAUCUCUUAAAAUGGAUAUUUUAAGCUGAAAUUUCAGCUCAAAAUAGUCAAAUUCCCAGAAUCUCAGGAAAUCCUCAUUUCUAGUCAGAAUUUCAGCCAAAUCUCCCUCUUUUUCUUCUUUUCCACUUCUAGGCCGAAAAAAUUAGGUUUCUGUUGUUAUUUUUAUCUUUGGCUAGCUAUUCUUUUCUUUUUUUCACAUGUAUUUAUUUUUUGCUCAUUUUCCCCCAUGAUUUUGUUACGGGUACCCGCAUUUCUUCCCACUUUUUCUCUAUCGAUUAUUUUUUGCCCGCCCACCUGAAAAAUUGCAUGCAAAAUAUGGAUUUGAACUUCCUCUCUCCCCACGAAAAUCGCUCACCAAUUUUCUCCCAUUUUUCUAACCAUUCAAAAAUUGCACCAUUUAAAAAAUGUGGAUUUUUAGUCGACGGAAAAUGGUGGAAUUGAAACUUUGCUGGUGGAUUUUCGUGGGGAAAAAUCGGCGGAUUUUGAAGAGGAACAGCAAAAAUCGGACAGAUUUUCGAAAUAUCCCAUAAAUUCGAUAAAAUAUCUCAAAUCGUAUUUUGAUGAAAUGUUUGUGAAAAUGUUUGGAACACCUGGUCAAAGACCGUGGAGAUAGGAGAAAUUUGAGAGAGAAAGAGUACUGUAGAAUUUUUGAUGGGAAAAUUAGAAAUUUUGGGCCCUGAAGUGAUUUUUUGCGGAUUUUUUUAUCCAAGUGAAUUUUAGCCGCAAAAAAAUUGGGUCUCGUCACGAUUCUCCGUGGUUUUUCGCGCCAAAAACAAUUUUUGGAAAAUUCAAAAUCUAUACUUUUCGCGCUAAAUUUUUCCAAAGGUCCUACCACGAAAAAUCUACAGUACCCCUCUCAUUCUUUCUUCUCCAUUUUCUCUGUGCCAUAUUUCAUAUUUUCCCCGGUUCCCCUAUGUGCCUUUAAAUUAUUGAUUGAUAUUUUUGAAGUUUUUUAUCGGGUUUUAAUUUUUCUCUAUCUCUCUCUCACUCUCAUUUAAUUUUUCCGGUUUUCUCUGUUUUUGGGCUUAAAAUUUGGAAUUUUGGCUGAAAAUGUGGAAAAAUUUCAGCGAAUCUCGAAAACUACAUAUUUGCAACGCGCAUAUUCAUAAUUUUGUGAAUUUCGGGGAAAAUUUUCGAAAUAUUUUUUGUGUGUAUCAUCAUCAUUGUUUUUUCAUUUUUUUUUAGGCGAUGAGAGAGAUAGGAUCGUAUUUUUUGUGAGCAAAAAUUUGAGCGGAGAAAAAGUGGAGAGCAUCUCGUUUUUCUAUGUGUGUAUUUUUUGAUUUGAAUGAAAAUUGUGAUAUUUUUCCCUUUGUUUUGAUGUGUACAGUAGUCUACAGUACCCUCUUUUUUUUGUGUUUUGUGUGGUGGUUGUUUUUUGUGUGUUUUCUAACAUGUCGUGCUUUUUUACCGGAAAUUUAAAAACAAAGAAAGUUUAGUCACACCCACACCAAACUAUACACAAACAGACCAACAAACACUGUAGGAGUACUGUAGAUUACUGUAGAAAAAAAUGCAGAAAAAUUUAGGUGGAAGAGGUGGCGCCGAUCUCGUUUCCCGAUUUGACAUCGGCCGGAAAUUGUCACGAUGAGUGUAAUGGAGGUGAGAGUUUUCGGGAGGUUUUUUAGCCCGAAAUUUGAAGUCUGGGUGACUUUUUACCCGGAGAAAAAACACCAGUUUUUCACUGUUUCAAAAACUUUUAAAGAAAAUUGUUGAAUUUCGGAAUUUGAUAUAAUCAGAUAACAAUAUUCUCCAAAAAAUUAUCUUCGAAUCGAAGAAUUGGUUCAAAAUAUCCUCUAGAAUUUACAAUUAGAAAUUAAAUUUAAAAAACCCAAAAAUUAAGGAUAGGACCUUAAUUUUCGUCUAAAGGCCCAUAAAAUGUAUAAAUUUUCUUUUUUUAAAUUCGAAUUUCUCAAAACCUUGUUUUUUUUUAUUUGAGAACUUUUAAAAGUUGGUCCAGAAUAUUUUUGAAAACAUCUAGAAUCCUCAAAAUUGAUUGGUGCCUUAAAUUUCCUUUAAACAUCCCAAAAAAAUCAAUCAAUAUUUUUUUGUUCAGGUUGUACCGAAUCCUCAUCCGCAACUUCUUGUUUUGCCUGCAAACAUUUGACACAAACCUUGAGAAAUAAGGGUGGAAGUGGUUUCAAAUGUGUUCAAAAAUGUGAUGAUACUUAUUAUUUGGACGGAGAUAAGUGUAAAAUGUGCUCAUCACAUUGUCACACUUGUACUAAAGCUGAGGUAAGAUUUUUGGGGGAGAAAUUAGGAUUUUUAACGUAAAACCCCCUAUUUUGGUCGAUUUUUAAUGAUUAUUCACCCAAUUUCAAUUGAAGGUCUGCGAAACUUGUCCCGGGAGUAUGUUAUUGAUUGAUGUUGAUAAUCUACCGCAUUAUGAUCAUGGAAAAUGUGUCGAAUCUUGUCCGCCUGGACUUAUUGCUGAUUGUGAGUUUUUCCUUCUUUUAUUCUUUUAAAAUUUCAGCAAAUUUCAGCCAAGGUUUUGAGAAAUAAUGGUAAUUUUUUGAGUGAACACUUCUAUUCUUAACUAACAAUUUUUAAAAAACUAAUUUUUAAUUGAACAAAAAAAGUUGGAUGGUCUAGAAAACCAAAACAAUGUUUUGGUGGCCGUGAAGCUCUGGCCUAGAAAAAGAAACCUUAAAUUUUAAUGGUCUAGAAAUCCAAAUCAAGAAAAAGAAAAUGCCCACUUCUUGCACCCUCUUCCCAUUUCCCUCUCUAAUUUUCUCCCACUUUUCCCCAUUCCUCCACAAUCCCCUUAUCUAUAUUUUCUAUCCCAGAUGAAACCAAUUUGGUGCAAGCCCGUUGUAUUUGGCGCAAAGAUUUGUGUGGCGAAGGAUAUUAUAUCAAUUCGAUCGGAAAAUGUGAUAUUUGUGAUUCGUCGUGCAAAACGUGUUCGGGACCUGGUCCAAUGAGUUGUGACGUAUGUUCGAAUGGAUAUGGAAAAGGAUCGAUUGGUUAUUGUAGACCGUGUUGUACGCAAGGAUCGAAUACCAAGGAUUAUCAUUGUGGUGAGGGAUUUUGGGCAAAAUUUGGUGAUUUUUGAACCAAACGUCGUCUAGAUUCAAUAUUUUGGUAUAAACUUUGAAGAAAUUCCGACCAAGAACUACUUUUUCUUCAAAAAUUCAAAUUUUGGCCAGAAAAAACAUUAUUUCGAAAAUUUUCAAAACUCUUGAAUUUGCAGAAGAUUGUUCAAAACCACAAGCUCUUCGAAAUUAUGAUGAAUCAACCGGAUUUUUCGCCUCAUUCUUAUGGGUCAUUUUUGUGGUUUUCCUAUCAACUGGAUGUGUUUUGGCCGUUUGCCAAUGUUUCAAAUCGAAUCAGAAACAUUCGAGCAUUGAGUGAGUUUUUUUGCCGGGAUUCUGAAAUUGUUGACUAAAAUUAUCGAUUUUGCAGCUAUACUCCCCUUCCACAUUAUAACGCUGUGAAUGAUAAAGUGAAUCUUGGAUGUGAUGAUGAAGAUUCAGAAGAUGAUACACCAAGAAUUUGA